AUGCCUCGCGACAAGUAUACCCGCCAGUCUCUGGGCGCAACACAACGACUCGUGAAAGAGUCCCGCGUCCUCCUUGUCGGCGCAGGCGGCAUUGGAUGCGAGCUGCUCAAGAACCUCGUCCUCACCGGUUUUGGCGAAAUACACAUCAUAGACCUUGACACGAUCGAUCUCAGCAAUUUGAACCGUCAGUUUCUCUUCCGACAUGAACAUAUCAAGAAACCCAAAGCCCUGGUCGCGAAGGACAUCGCUCAGAAGUUCAACCCAAAUGUCACACUAUUCGCGCACCAUGCCAAUAUAAAAGACAAAAAAUUCAACCUGGAGUGGUUUUCGGGCUUCAACAUUGUCUUCAAUGCGCUCGACAACAUGGACGCCAGACGGCAUGUCAACAAAAUGUGCUUGGCUGUCGAUGUGCCUCUGGUCGAAUCAGGCACUACGGGCUUCAGAGGUCAAGUGCAGGUUAUCAAGAAGGGCAAGACUGCUUGCUACGAUUGCACUCCCAAGACCACUCCCAUUUCCUACCCUGUCUGCACGAUCCGUUCUACGCCAAGUCAACCGAUCCACUGCAUCGUAUGGGCUAAAAGUUAUCUCCUGCCGGAGUUAUUCGGUGUGAGUGAAGAUGAGGCAGCUGAAUUGGACUCAUCGGAAGAUGCGGAUAAUGCUGAAGAGAUCAAAAAAUUAAAAGAGGAGGCACAGGCCCUGAAGAAAAUCAGAGCGUUGAUGGGUUCAGGCGCCUUUGGAAAACACGUGUUCGACAAAGUCUUCAAAGAGGAUAUCGAAAGACUGGCGAAGAUGGAGGAUAUGUGGAGAGACAAGAAACCGCCGGAACCAUUCUCCUACGACGCGCUUGAGCAAGAAGCAAGCGUGGUUGACAAGGCAAUCGCCCAGAAUGGCCAACGAGUAUGGUCUGCUGUCGAGAAUUUUGUUGUGUUCAAAGAUAGCCUGGACCGUUUGGUAACACGACUAUCACAGGAACAGGCGGUUGCAUCGAAAUCUGGAGAACCGCAACCCUCGAUCUUGUUCGACAAAGAUGACGAUGAUACGAUGGACUUUGUUGCCGCAGCGGGUAACCUUCGAGCGAUCAUCUUCGGCAUCGAACCUAAGUCAAAAUUCGACAUCAAGCAGAUGGCAGGCAAUAUCAUCCCCGCAAUUGCCACCACAAAUGCCAUGGUCGCCGGUCUUUGCGUAUUGCAAGCGUUCAAGGUAUUGAAAGACGACUAUGCCCGGACUAGGUGGCUCUGGCUGGGGAUUGGUUCACUGCGGACCGAUCAGUUGGAUCCACCCAACCCGGAGUGUCCUGUUUGCAGCGUUGCCAUGGCAAGGGUGCAUGUCGAUAUUGAAAAAGCCACGCUCGGAGAUUUGGUCCAAGACGUUCUACGAACCAGACUAGGCUAUGGAGAGGAAGUAACCGUCAUGAGUGAGGCCGGCCUGAUAUAUGACCCAGACCUUGAAGACAAUCUGGAGAAAAAGCUAUCCGAUCUGAAUAUUGGGGACGCGGGUUUUAUUCUUGUCAAGGACGAGAACGAUAAUCCUCGAGUCGACCUCCAAAUAGCAAUCGAAGUGAAGAAGCCAGAAGACGAAACCAAAGCCGUUCUACUGGUCGAGAAGGAAGGCGAGGCAUUGGAGGUACCGCGGAAACCGGAGAAGCAAGCUGUCCCAGACGGUGACCAGGUCGAAAAUGAUGAUGCGGAUGGCUUGGUUAUUAUGAACGGUGUUUCAAGCACGGCUAAACUUCCAGCAGGCAAGCGGAAGCGACCCCUCGACGACGAAGGAGACGAGAGUGCUACGCAGGCAAAGAAAUUGCAAGGCAUGUCAUCGGCGGAAUUCACGAAUCAUCGGGGUACGGAAGCAAUCGUAAUUGACGAGGAUGACGGGGCGCUUGUGAUCGCGGGUGACGACUAG